GACUCUACAAACUUUUCUCCAACUUGAGACAGGCUACCCAGCUGGCACUGGUAUGCUGGGACUUGUGAUUCUCCAGCAGCAGUCUACGGCUGGCAGUGAAAGGGUUAGAGCCCUGUGGGCGUGGCUCGGUUACUGGCCAGACACCGCCCCUCCCGGAAGUGUCCCGGAUAUGUCGCCUCUCAGGGCAGUGGUGGGCUUGCUGCUGAGCACCCUGAUACCUGGCCAGGUACAGGGGGAUCUCCCCGACUCCCAGCAGCGGCCACACCCCCAGCAUAAGCCGGUCAGGCUCUUCACUGACGAGGACCUGGCCGGUUACAACGGGAAGCAGGGUGACCAGCCGAUAUACAUGGCAGUGAAGGGAACUGUGUUCGAUGUGUCAUCAGGAAAAGAGUUCUAUGGGAAGGGAGCUCCAUAUAACGCACUUGCGGGAAAGGAUUCCUCACGCGCUGUUGCCAAAAUGUCGCUGGAGCCGGAAGAUCUCACUCACGAUACGGCUGGACUCUCCGAGGAACAACUGAAGUCUUUGGACGACAUUUUUGAGAACGUGUACAAGAAAAAAUACAAGAUUGUCGGCUACAUGGCCAGGCGCAUUCUGACCGAGGGCGGCGGCCCCAACCCGGACUUCAAGCCCGAAGAUCAACCGCAUUUCACCAUUAAAGAUGAAUUCUGAAGGAACGUUUUUCUCCUCCAACCUCCGUCUUGUCAUUAUAAAUUGAGCUAUUUACAGAACCUGCGGGGGUUAAACACUAUGCCCAGCGAGAAAUGUAAAGAACGGACUAGAAAACAGGAAUCGGUGUAUCUCAGUCUCCCUCCUCUAGUGUGUCUACCUCAUAGUCUGACUGACGCCGGAGCAGAGAGGUCUCCUGGGCUGUCUGUAUAAUUGUUACCAUGUAGUACUCUAUAAUCUCCGGCUCCAUUCCCCCCUUAGUGAUAACGGUAACGGGACGGGUUUGAGCGUUAUUCCUGUGACGCAGUUCUCAGCAUCAGAUUAAUCAUGUUACUGCGUUUCUGUGGGUACAACUGGGGACUGUUUUUGGACACUCCUCUCGGAGGUCCAUUGUCCGGCGGAAUGCUGUGUGAUGGUUCUGGGAGACAGUUUGCUGUGUGUUACAGAAUGAACCACGUCAUGUGCAUUCUCCUUAUAAUUUCCUGGUGGACUCGCAGUUAACUUUUUUAUAUCACUACCCUCUGUUUUUGGCUGAUGUGCACAACUUUUACUGCACACUUAUUUUAGCACGACAGUGCCCAGAAUCCUAUACGGCGUUGUGUGUAAGAUCAGCAGUUCUCACGCUGGCAGCUGGUUUAUGUCACCGGGGCUGUUGGUAAGAAAAUACACUACAGAAGUUUAACAUAAAAUAAAUGUUUGAACAAAAAAAAGUU